GAUUAAAAUGAAGUAAUGCAGAUAUUUUGUUAUUUACAUUCUGACCCCUAUCCACGCGGAUUACGUGUCCUAUUUAUGAAGCGAGGACCGAGAGGGAGAGAUCCUUUUCUUAAGCGAUCCUUCUCUCUCUGCGCCCACGAAACCCUCGAUCUCGUCCUCGCCGCCCUCGUCGUGGAUCGAUUCGCAGACGCCCGUGCUCGAGAUCUUCCCGCGAUCGCCUUCUCUAGAUGGGUGGAACGGCCUAAGCACCAGGAGGCGGAGGCGGCGGGGAGAAGAGGGAUCCAUUACGACCGCCACGAGGAGGUCCGAGAAGCUCAGGCGUGGAGUCCACGAUGUCUGCCGUAGUUUGCGGGAAGAGGUCUUCUUCCAUUUUCGACGAGCUCCUUACCCCGCCGCCGGCCUCCAAGAGAGUCCGCUGCUCUGCCGGCUCAUCCUCCCCCACCCCCUCCCUCCGCCUCUCGCCGUUUCGGAUCUCCAACCCUUUGGAUCUCGGUGGCUACGGAGAAGAUCUGAUUGCGCCGGAUAAUCUCGCCCAUCUGAAGUUCCUGUUUCCCGAUAUGGAUCAGCAGCUCCUCAAACAAGCUCUUGAAGCAUCUGGAAAUGAUUUGGAUUCUGCUAUAAAGAGCUUAAAUGAUCUUCGAUUAGAUUCAUCAUACAUGUCAUUGGUAUCAGCUGUGGGCAAAUCAGAAAAUGGAACUGAAAUGAAUGGUCCUCUUUCGAGUAAAGGUAGACUUGCAUUAGGUAGAUAGUUUGUUUGUAGCUGUU